CGUCGUCGUUCGCUCGACAGAUAGCACACGCCAUUUUCUCGUGGUUGCGUGCUGACGUUAGUGUGCUCCGAACAAACGUUUCAUCGUGAAAUAUAGAAAAAAAUCUCUUGAACAUCGUAACGUGUCCUCAAGGAUGAGUUACGGACGUCCACCUCCCCGGAUCGAUGGGAUGGUUUCCCUAAAAGUGGAUAAUUUAACUUAUCGCACAACACCGGAGGACCUUCGUCGCGUGUUCGAGCGUUGUGGUGAGGUCGGUGAUAUCUACAUCCCCAGGGAUCGCUUCACCCGCGAAAGCCGAGGUUUCGCAUUCGUCAGGUUUUACGAUAAACGUGAUGCUGAGGAUGCACUCGAUGCUAUGGAUGGACGUCUGCUAGAUGGAAGGGAGCUCAGAGUGCAAAUGGCACGGUAUGGCAGGCCAACAUCACCACACAGAAGCCGUGGAAGUCGCCGCAGGGGGAGAUCUCGCAGUCGCAGCCGUGAUCGCAGGAGGUCUCGCUCCAGAUCGCGUUCGCGGUCACGAAGCCGUGAUCGCGAUCGCAGACGAUCGUACAGCCGCAGCCACAGUCGUUCGCGCUCAGACAGCAAAAGCUCCCGAGGAAAGUCCCGCUCACGCAGUAAGAGUGCAGACAGACAGAACAACAGUCGCUCUAAGUCAAGAGACUGAAGCGCUGACGAGGUGGGAGAGUACUGCGUUGAGACGAACGUGUCAGUCACGCUGAAAAUGCCCGAAUCGUUCUCACAGCCUGCAAAAGGUAUAUUCAAACUACUCUCCAUACCUUAAAAAAAAAAAAAAAAAGAAAAAAACACUUAGCACGUUCGGAGCAAUUAUCGCAUCAUAGUUUCGUUACUCUGUUUUUUUCUAUUUCAUAUUAACCAUGGUGACGCACUUGGGUUUUUUUUAUUUUUAACCAAAUAUAUAGAAAAAAACAUCCAAAAUGAAUGAAUUGUAAAAUGGAAUAAAAUUUCGACUCUUAGUUAUUUGAAAAUAUUUCGGGUAUUGCUAUUAUUGAUCAUUAUUGCUAUCAAUAAAUUAAAGUCAAUGAAUCAAUGAAUAAUUAUUGGGAUAAAUCGUCGUGAAUGGCGAAUUUCAUGUCAGUGAUGACUUGCUGAUAAUACGCAAUGUUUUAAAAUAAGUUUGCAACAUGUAUAAUUUUUUAUUUCUCACCAUUCUCACAUUUACGAAUAGAGUGAAUUAAUGUUGGUUGAGUUUAACUAAUUGCUAAAUUGACAAAGGUAAUAACCGAAGAACUUUAGAACCAUAACCGAGAGUUUAACGAACUAUUCUUACCACGGAAUUUCUUUGAUAGUAACAUGAAAAUGAUAUAUAAAGUGGACAAAUUAAAUAAAAUGUAGAAUUUUCGCAGUGUGUAGAAAAAAUUUUUCUAGACCAUAAGUUUUGCGUUUUUCUGUAAUUAUCAAUUUUUCAGGUUUAUUUAUGUACGUUUGCCAUUUAUAAUAAAGUAUAACUAAGAAGAUGUGUAUACUGA